AUGGUGAUUGCUCUUCUCUACACCUAUCGCCAAGCUCGCCGUCGUCUUCGACGUCGUCCCCGCCGCCUCGCUCCGCCUUUCGUGGGACACGGCCUAGUACCCGCCUCGCUCUACCUCUCGUGGGACGCCGCCCAGUACCUCGACUUCGGUGAUUCCUCUUCUCUACACCUAUUGCUGAGCUCGCCGUCGUCCUCGACGCCCUCCGCGCCGCCUCACUCCGCCUGUCGUGAGGCAUGCCCUAACGCCAAGGGAAUCAGCGCCGACCACCGACCAGCGAAUCGUGGCCGCUCCAGCGAGAAGGACAGCGAGGGUAAGAGGAGGAGGGCACACGCCUUUGCAAUCGCAGCGGCUCUAGUAGUAGUGGUGGUGGUGGUGAGUCCGCUAGCACUUGGCUCCGGGCUUUCACGGGCUUGGGCUUCCAUCUACUCUGCAUCUGUUACUCGUCCAAGGCGCGGAGGCGACCAUCGCCCAAGGCGUCGAGGAGCAGGACUCCACACCGAAGUCGAGGAAGCCGGCCCCACGGACGGCUCCAAGGACUACGACCUCGGCUCGCGCGGUUCGACCCUCUCAGAUCCGCAACCUCCGCCGGCGCCCUUCCCUCCGCCACCAGCGCCGGCGAAAGUUCUUAGUCAGUUCAGAUAUGUAAGAAGAUCGAUAGAAAAACUGAACACCAGCAGAGGUACUGAAGGCAACAAUAAUUUGCUGAAGUGUGGACAGACGUGCACGAAUGAGCUUCGCAUGCCAUUUGGAAGAAGCAUCAGCCCUGUUGUGAACUUAAGUUGA